GAGUGAGAGAGAGAGAGAGAUAGGCAGGGCUGUGGUAUUAACCCAGCAUAAGCUUGCCUUUUCCUUCGAUGACUACACCCCGAGAGGAGGAGCGUGAAGAACGUAGUAGGCGUCAGAAUCCUCAAUUUCCAACUUAGCAUCUUGGCAGGACAUUUUCCCAAGCAAAGCCCCCAUCCGAAGGCAAAAAACUUCUUCUGCACGGCAUGAGACAGAGGGAGCAAGUGAGAGAGAGAGAGGAAAAAUAGAGCGCAGCAAGCAAACACAACGGUCAGUUGUAGCUGACUAUCAGCGACUAAUAAUCUAUAUCUAAGUCUAUGUAUUUGUUUAUAUUUUUACUUUUUAACACAGUCAUUUAGAGGGGAACAGACAGCGGUCUGUUGAUACGAGACUCCUAUGACUGAGAUCGGACAGUGCAUGAGAAAAUAAAGAGGAAAAGUGCGCAAGUAAGUGGCUUACUUUCGGGGCUUUCACCAUGGCGUAUCCUCAGGGCUACUUGUACCAGCCGUCCGCUUCUUUGGCGCUGUAUUCAUGCCCGGCGUACAGCACCAGCGUUAUAUCGGGACCCAGGACCGAAGAACUUGGUAGAUCCUCAUCUGGCUCGGCUUUUGCUCCUUAUGCCGGAUCUACCGCGUUCACCAGCGCUUCGCCCGGGUACAACUCCCAUCUCCCGUACAGUGCGGAGGCGGGGGCGGCCGCCACUUUUGCUUCAUACGUGGUGAGUGAGAGAGCAUAUAAUCGACAUUUCCGAGUGAAAAAAAAUGUGGAAAAUAUUUUGUUGUAUUGUUGGUAGGCCUAUGUGUAGAAUUUUAGCAUGGUGCAAAUGAGGCAAAUGUAUUUCUGGUUUAGCGUGCGCCUGUAUUUUGCUGAUGACUCUUUUACAUUUGGGUAAGUUAGUUGUAAAUAGGCCCACCAUUUUGAUGCAGUGAGAAACAUGCAAAAUAACUAAUUAGGCUAAUUAGCAUGUUAGGGUUCUUUUUUUCUGCAAUUUUUCUGUAAAUAAUGAGCAAUGAAAUAGGUCGUUGUGUUGAAGCAGUUUGCAUACAAGAACAAACAGCAAGCUCCCAACCUCGGUGGAACACAUUAUAUUCUAUAGUUAUUUGUUAGAGAAGGUCUUUAUUAGUCUAUGCGAAAUUACAAACUCGUUUAUUUAGGGACACUCGGUUGUUUUUGUGGGCAUUGACCAAAUGUUCGUUCAUUUGGGAACACAACUCCUGAUUUUUUAACAUGUUCUAAAUCUGAAAGUGAGUUGAGCACGCAGUUAAACGCAAAUUAAACCAGGUAUGUAGGCCAGCUGAAGAAUGGUGGGAAAUAAUUGUAAUAAAAUCCUGUCUUGGUAAAAAUAUGAGAAGAGAAGACAUAAUAGGCCUGUUAUGCAUGAUGCUUUAUCUAAUUUGUAAAUUAGGUUGUUUUCACUACGCAUAGAUUACUUUGCGGUGGCUACAGAGGCAGCAAGACAGGCGCAUCUUGAAUACAAAAACGCACAAAGGAAAACAAAGUUGAUAAAAAUAACAUUGUCGAUGUCCAUCUGUGUAAAAUAUAAAAAGUGCAUUGCUGACGCAUCUGAUGCGUGAUUUAUUGUAAACAACCUAAAUGUCAGAGGUGUGUGUGUGAAUGUGUGUGUGUGUGUGUGUGUGUGUGUGUUUGUGUGUGUGUUUAUUAUGGUGCCUUGUUAUUGUUUGACACUUCUUUUGUACUGUUUUAAUUAUCAUGAGUCAUUGACAAUUAUCUGAAAAGCAUUUUUUUGACUAUUUUCGACGGCUUUGUUUUCAGAGUUCUCCCUAUGACCACACGACGGGCAUGGCUGGGUCUAUAGGAUAUCACCCCUACGCUGCUCCCCUGGGUUCAUACCCCUACGGUGACCCGGCAUACCGAAAAAACGCGACCCGGGAUGCCACCGCCACUCUCAAAGCCUGGUUGAACGAGCACCGUAAGAACCCCUACCCCACCAAGGGCGAGAAAAUCAUGCUGGCCAUCAUCACCAAAAUGACCCUCACCCAAGUGUCCACCUGGUUCGCCAAUGCCAGGAGGAGGCUAAAGAAGGAGAACAAGAUGACCUGGACUCCACGAAACCGGAGCGAGGACGAGGAGGAAGACGAGAACAUCGAUCUGGAAAAGAAUGACGACGACGAGCCUAGCAAGCCGACAGAAAAGGGAGACUCGACAGACACAGAGUCAGGUCUGAAGAAAAAUCAUCAAUUUUUUAUCGCAGUCGUUUCCACUCAGGGCGCAAAAUUGAUUGCUGGUUAAUGGUGGUAUAUUAUUUAUAAUGGGACAAUUGCUUUAAAUAAUAAUCACCUUGAACUCCCCUCAUUUGACUUAACAUGGGCUGAAAAUUGCUGGUGACGUAAAGUGUUUAGCAUUCGAUUUAUCUUUAACUGCAUAAUAAGGCGGGCUGCAGCUGGUGGACUGGGCUGUGUACCGCCUAAUGAUCAUUUUUACGAUUAAAACACAAUCAUUAAUAUCACGGUUUUCACUAGUUGUAGGCCUAGUUGUUUGCAGGCCUAUUAUUUAUUAGCCUACUUAUUAUCAUAACUAGGCCUAUUAUUAUGGUAAUUAGCAUAUGCACAAAUAUGAACGCAUGAGUGUAUGAAUUAGGGGACUAUAACAUAUUGGUAGCCUAUCUGUAUCUUAUGUCACAAUGUUAUUUUAAAAAAUCACAGUAACUUAACUCUUGUUUCUCUCUCACUGCAGAUCAUAAAUUGCUGAACCCGGGGGACAUAGCUUGCGACAGAUUUAAAGAGGAGAAUCAUGGCAAAGAAAUGGAUCCCCUUCUGAGCGACUCGGAAUUAAAAGACCAAGGGGAGCGGACAGAGUUACUGCCCGAGUCUGCUAAACCCACCACCUCGUCUCCAUCCGCCGUGUCUCGUGGAGGAACCGAGCUCGUUGCGCAAGACAAGCCGUCAGAAAUGGGCCAUGCGCCGGGCACAGUAAACAGCAACGUUACAUCUGUUAUUCACUCGUCCCCAUCGGCCCCUAAACCCAAACUCUGGUCCCUGGCUGAGAUCGCAACGUCCUCAGACAGGUGUAAGAGCAGCAGUGACGGGCCGCAGGGCCAUGGGAUGGGUCACAGCACAGUGAUCAGCACCAAUGCAGCGUCACCAUCACGGUCCUCCCCCCAGUGUCCUCUCCCAAACAGCACAGUCCUAUCCAGGCCUAUCUACUACACGUCCCCUUUUUACCCGGGCUACACGAACUAUGGCAGCUUUGGACAUCUUCACAGUCACAGCAAUCACGGCUCGGGCACGGGCUCCACCGCACAUUUCAAUGGAUUAAACCAGACUGUGUUAAAUAGAGCAGAAGCUUUGGUAAGAGAAAGCCAGAAAGGCAGAGGCCAAACGCAGGUAGAUAUUUGUAAAGACUCCCCUUAUGAACUAAAGAAAGGUAUGUCAAACAUUUAAUACCUUGAUCCCUUUCAAAAAUCCAUCGGACUUUUAUUUAUUAUUUGUGGUUGCAUUACAAAAAAAAAUAAGACAAAUAAUAAUGAUAAAGCAAAAUUCUGCGAACAGUUAUUUUUUGAGUAAAUGCUUAUCCUAAAAUGUUAGUUUCUGAAUGGUUAAUCCUAAAGAUGUAACAAGAAUGGUCUUAAUCGCUGCAGCCGCCUUAGUCUAUUUGUAUUAAAGACUAAUAUGUAUAUUUAAUGUAGCAUUUUUGUAUUUAAAAUGGACAAUACACUAUCUUUGAAGUAAAUUAUGA